CUUCUUCUUCUCUUCAGAUCAAAACGGAAGAGUUCUGAGCUUGAUCUCGAUCUCAUGGGGAUUUCGCCGGCGAUGGAAACCCUAACGGAGAAGGCAAACUACCUUCGCGAGUCACUAAACAAGUCCAAGACGAUCACCGAAAGCAUGGUCUCCAUCCUUGGCUCCUUCGACAACCGCCUCUCUCUUCUUGAGACCGCCAUGCGCCCCACUCAGGUUCGAACGCAUGCCAUUCGCGUAGCGCAUGAGAACAUUGAUAAGACUUUGAAGUCCGCCGAAGUUAUUAUCAACCAGUUUGAUCUCUAUCGCAAGGUUGAGAAUAGAAUACAAAAGGGGCCACAUGAAGACCUUGAAAAUUACUUGCAAGCCGUUGAUCAAUUGAGAAAUAUUGGGAAUUUCUUUGGCUCAAACAAGACCUUAAAGAGGGGCGACGGGGCUGCUAAUAACACCAGUAGUUUACUUGCCAAGGCAAUCUUGAAGUUGGAAGAGGAGUUUAAGGAGCUUCUAAAUACCUACAGCAAAGCAGUGGAACCGCAGCAACUUUUUAACUGUCUUCCCAAUUCUCUUCGGCCAUCAUCAGGUUCUCCUGGGCACCAAGGUGAAGAUGGUAAAAGUCAGUCAGCUACCUCUGAUCAUCAAGCCAAGAGUGCAGAGAACACUGUGUAUACACCUCCUACCCUAAUUCCUCCAAGGAUUUUGCCUCUACUACAUAAUUUGGCUAAACAACUUGUUCAAGCUGGGCGACAACAGCAAGCCUUGAAAAUUUACAGGGAAGCUCGUUCAUCAGCUUUGGAAGAGAGCCUUGAAAAAUUAGGCGUUGAGAAACUGAGUAAAGAUGAUGUUCAAAAGAUGCAAUGGGAGGCAUUAGAGCACAAAAUUGGGAAUUGGAUUCACUAUAUGCGAAUUGCAGUCAAACUACUUUUUGCUGGAGAACGAAAAGUUUGUGAUCAAAUUUUUGAUGGUAUUGACUCCCUCAAAGAUCAAUGUUUUGCUGAAGUAACUUCAAAUAGUGUGGCUAUGCUUCUUAGUUUCGGAGAAGCCAUUGCCAAGAGCAAACGAUCACCAGAAAAGUUAUUUGUGCUUCUGGACAUGUAUGAAAUUAUGUGUGAGCUUCAGUCAGAGAUUGAAACAAUUUUCGAAGGAAAAGCUUGCUCUGAGAUGAGAGAAUCUGCAGUGAGCCUGACAAAACGAUUAGCACAGACUGCCAGGGAUACCUUUGGUGAUUUUGAGGAAGCUGUUGAAAAGGAUACAACCAAAACUACCGUUCAUGAUGGAACAGUCCAUCCACUGACUAGCUAUGUGAUCAAUUAUGUGAAGUUCCUCUUCGAUUAUCAGUCAACACUGAAACAGCUUUUUCAAGAGUUUGAAACUGGAGGAGAGACAAAUUCCCAACUGGCGUCUGUGACCAUGAGAAUAAUGCAAGCUCUUCAGAGUAAUCUUGACAUGAAAUCGAAGCAAUAUAAAGACCCUGCUUUGAUGUACCUAUUUCUAAUGAAUAAUAUCCACUAUAUGGUUAGAUCUGUACGCAGGUCAGAAGCUAAGGAUUUACUUGGUGAUGAUUGGGUUCAAAGGCAUCGAAGGAUUGUGCAGCAAAAUGCUAACCAGUAUAAAAGGGUGGCUUGGGCAAAGAUUUUGCAGAGCCUUUCUACUCAGGGUCUAUCUUCAUCAGGCGGCGGUAGCAGUGCAGCGGGAAGUGAUGUAACCAGUACAAGUAAUGUUUCACGAGCAACAGUGAAAGAGAGAUUCAGGUCUUUCAAUAUGCAAUUUGAGGAGCUUUACCAAAGGCAAUCUCAAUGGACUGUUCCUGAUCCAGAAUUGCGUGAAUCUUUGAGGCUUGCAGUUGCUGAGGUUCUACUUCCUGCAUACAGAUCCUUUAUUAAACGUUUUGGGCCUUUACUGGACAAUGGCAAAAAUCCUCAGAAAUAUGCCAAAUACACUGCAGAAGAUCUUGACCAAAUGCUCGGUGAGUUCUUUGAAGGAAAGCCGGGGGAACAAAAACGCUGAUGAUCUCCGUUAACUAAGCUCUGGAAAUAUGUAACAUAUUUAUAUCAUGAUUGAUCAUGUCGUAUUCUUGUGCUUUUGUGACACUUCUGUGCAGAGCUUGUAUCAGUUCUCAUGUUUUUGCUUUGGUUUGGUUCGAUUAGUGUUGGCCUGACAGAUGAGUUUCAUUUAUUGUCAAUAAUAAUAAUGGAUGAAAUAACUAUUGGUUAUUAUCGUGUUCAA